AUGGCACAGGCCUCGCAAGCUCAGAUCUUUGAAAGAUUACAUUCUUACCCCUUCAUAUCGGAUCCCGAGUUUGCAAAUGGCCUCUCAAUAAUACUUGGUCACCCCGACACCCCCGCCACCGAGGUGGAGAUGAACCGGGAUGACGACCUUGUCCUAAAAGCGAAGUGUUUCUUUUUCUCACGAAAAGAAAACCUCACUCCGGCUAUUGACUUUUCUGCCUUCAAGUCGUGGUUGGCAUCGCGGACAACGGAGCCCCAAGGGCUGGGCAACACAGACUUACAAAUCUCCAAGGCAUCCGACCCAAGCACAUCUGGGGCUGAGAGCUCAACACGUUCUGAACCUGCUUAUCCAUCGUCAUUUGCACACAUUGUGGAACUCAUCACUACGGGACAACCAAUACCUGGGAUCCAGGACAUCCCAGACACAGUGCUUAGUGGCCACGAUAUUUCCAGUGAGAAACCACGGCGACGGAAACCAUGGGAAAAGGACGAAGUGAUGACUGCUUCCAAUGACACUCCAAGUGCUGCUCCCUAA